CUGAUGUGAAGUUAGCUGCAGUCGCCAAAAAUUAAUUGUCCAAGUCCAGAACAUCAUAUUAAAACUAGUGAACGUGUCUGAUUAUAUUAAUUGUACGACUUGUGAUUAAAAUAAAUUGGUUUUAAUUGUGCCAAAUCAAAAUUUAAAGUGUUUAAGGUGCGUGACAGCUCCUUUAGUGACUCACUUCACGUCUUAUCAACUGUCAAAUGACUAACCUCUUCAUGUGAUUUUAUCGAAAAUUUUUAUAAAUAAUGGAAAUCCGAGGCUUGUGCGUGAGUUAGCAGACGUUACUUAACUUGAUAUUGGUCCCCAAAUAGUUAUUUUAUCAUGUGAAUGCAAAAUUAAUACUUGGGACUUUUGAAUGGAAAUCGUGUUGUGCCCCAAUGAAGAAUAAGAAUUUCAUCAGGUUUCUGUUCGGAAUAAUCAUUGUUAGUUUAUUUUUGAUUAUAUUUCGACAACAUAAGCCGGAAACGAUUCAGAAUAUUGUUUCCACCACCCACCAACAAAUCCGCAAUUUUAAGGACACGUUCCGAGAUGCUGAUGCGAAAACUCUUGCCGCUGACGACAAAUACCUGACUUUGUUAGGGUUCACAGAUAGCCCUAGAUUGUAUCCAAAUGACAUCUGGAGGAAUACUUCACUGCCUGUCAUUGUCACGUAUGUUAUGGAAGGACAGGAAAGUCAAGUUGUAGGACUUAUUAAUAACGUAGGAAGGGUUCUGCCAAACAAUACAAUUCUAGUUUAUAACCUUGGUUUAGGUAAUUAUGGCCUAAAAACGCUCUUAAAUUAUUGCAACAACAGUAGAUGCCAGGCCUUGACCCUAAGUCUGUCCGCUUUUCCCUCCCACGUAGACGAGGAGAGCAUACGAGCCUACAGACCCCUUGUAAUCCAGGACGCUCUUCAGCGCACCGGCGCCGUGUUGUUCCUGGAGUGCGGGUAUCGUUUUUCCCGCCAUUUAACCCACGACGUCAUAAUGGAUCUAUUUGAGAAGCGCGCCAAGUCUCAAGGCAUCGUCACGUGGCCAAUGUCGUUGAAAAACCCAGUUUCGAGUCUGACGCACAAGAAGAUGUUCCAAUACUUUCACACCGACGCCGAGAAUUUUCUUUUCCUGCAAAUGGUGAACGCGGACGUCCUCUUGAUCGUUAACACGGAAUCGGUGCACAACGAAAUCAUGCUGCCUUGGGUCAAGUGCGCGUUGACUCAAGACUGCAUCGUUCCGAUUGGGGCGCAGUCGGCAGGAUGUCGUUUCGAUAAAAAGCCCCAAUAUCGAUACUCCGGGUGCCAUAGCUACGAUACGUCAGCACUCAAUAUAGUUUUAGGUCUGAAAUUUAACAUGGACGGUAGUCAGUACAUGUAUGACGAGUCGGAAAAACUUUUCGAGACGGUUGAACUGAGCAAAGCCGAGGCUCUCUUGAGAGAAUUCGAACAAAAUAUUACUACUGAAGGACGAUUCAUGUCUUUCGACACGUAAAAUAUUAUAUCGGACCAAAUUCAGUGUGAUAAUAAUGUAAAGCGUACAGUUAUUCCGUUUUCAAACCAAAUAUGCCAAGCAUUUGAUUUCGUUUUUUAAACAGCGAAGUUGGCUCUGAACUUUGUGAUUUAGUUGGUAUUUGCUGUACAAAGUAACGCAUUUUCCUUGUCGUUACAUAGGGGCGAUCAGCUCUUUGCAGGUCACGCGGUUCGAUGUCGAACCACAUUGUAAUUUCUUUGACUGUACAUAGUUAUUUAUUAUUUCUGUUGUAAUUGAAGUGCUUAUUUAAAUAAUAAAAAUACACUAAACACGAAA